AUGGCCUCCAACCACGCCCAAGUGGUGAGAAGCGGCAGCAGAACCACACACCCAAGCUCUUCUGAAUACAGCCGUGAGUCAUCUAAUGAAGAAGACCAAGCCCGCCCUUUUGCCUCGCUUUCGCCCACACCGACGCAUGCUAUUCAGCAGACUCAAGGUGCGCCCUCGCCUAUGCUGUCGCUUGCUUCAGGCCCUUCCGAUGUUGCUGCCACUCCCCCCGGAGUUUCCUUUACUACGGAUGUUUCGCCAACAAACCAACUCAGUAUAGAUGCUGUGGCAAACAAGGCCGAGAAAUUGCGUCCCCGAGGCACGGUGACUCUCAAGGAUCGUGUCGCAUGCUACCAAUGGACCUAUUUUACAAUGACUAUGGCUACCGGUGGUAUGGCCAACGUACUCCAUUCUGCGUACUAUCAAGCGGGUUGGAUCGUCGCAGUCGGCAUCUUCUUUUGUCUCUUAAACAUCGUUCUCUUCCUCAUGAAUUGUAUUUUGAUCUCUGUACGCUUCUAUAUACGUCCUGGAAGUUUCAUAAAUUCAUUCACCGACCAAGUCGAGUCACUUUUUAUACCAGCAUUUUUUGUCUCCAUCGCCAUAAUUUUAAUAAACAUAUGCCAAUAUGGAGUUCGUACAUGUGGUGAUUGGCUGCUGCAAGUUCUGGAUGUCAUGUUUUGGGUCUAUAUUAGUUUAGGUGCUGUAGCCAGCGCUGGUUUGUACCUCAUCCUCUGGACGACUCUAGAACUUCCCAUUCACAUGAUGACACCAACAUGGGUGUUCCCAGCAUACCCGCUCCUUUUGUCGGGCCCCUUUGCCGCCAAUCUCAUUGCCGCUUCCGAGGUAUCUGGAUACCACCAUUCGAUCAACAGGACGGCCAUCGCCAUUUGCGCGGCAACAACACAAGGCACCGGGUGUCUGAUUGCGUUUAUGAUUUCCGCAGCCUUUAUAUACCGCCUCAUGACGCAGAAGCUCCCACGAGACAUGCAACGGCCCGGUGUGUUUAUAUCUAUUGGACCAUUUGGAUUCACCGCCGCCAGCAUUGCACUACUCGGAAGCCACGCAAGGGAAAUCAUCCCCAGCCAGUUCCUCGAUACCCCUAUUGCAGCCGACGUGAUUCGAGUUGUGUCACUACUCGUGGCACUCUGGCUGUGGGGUCUGUCACUCUGGUUCUUCCUCGUGUCCGUAGGAUCUCUCUGGAAGUAUACCCGCCGGCAGCACAAGAUGCCCUUCCAAAUGACGUGGUGGUCGUUUGUGUUUCCAAACACAGGCUUGGUCGUUGCCACGGAGGUCAUGGGCGACAAUUUCAAGAGCCAAGGCCUCCACAUAUUCGGGGCCAUCAUGACAAUCAUCCUCAUCGUAGUUUGGGUGGGUGUCUUUGUCAAGAUGCUUUAUUGUCUACGGACCAGGAAGUUGCUGUGGCCAGAGGACCAAGUCUAG